AUGCAUCUACAACCCCCAUCACUGACCCAGCCACAUUUCCUAGACUACAUCCAACCCCCAUCACGGACUCAGCCACAUUUCCUAGACUACAUCCAACCCCCAUCACUGACUCAGCCACAUUUCCUAGACUACAUCCAACCCCCAUCACUGACUCAGCCACAUUUCCUAGACUACAUCCAACCCCCAUCACUGACUCAGCCACAUUUCCUAGACUACAUCCAACCCCCAUCACUGACUCAGCCACAUUUCCUAGACUACAUCCAACCCCCAUCACUGACUCAGCCACAUUUCCUAGACUACAUCCAACCCCCAUCACUGACUCAGCCACAUUUCCUAGACUACAUCCAACCCCCAUCACUGACUCAGCCACAUUUCCUAGACUACAUCCAACCCCCAUCACUGACUCAGCCACAUUUCCUAGACGACAUCCAACCCCCAUCACUGACUCAGCCACAUUUCCUUGACUACAUCCAACCCCCAUCACUGACUCAGCCACAUUUCCUAGACUACAUCCAACCCCAUCACUGA